UCGAUUCAGCAGAAGCUCUUACUACUACGGUGCAUCUCCGAACUUGCACUGCACACGCACUGCAAUCUGCAGACUCUAGGAUGUAACCAUUGCCAUAUGUUUUUAUUCUGCUUCUGCUCUUUUACGUAUUUUUGUCAUGUUUUUUUUAAACCCAUUUAUUGUUUUGCAAGGAAUAACUUACCAAAAACAUGACUGGGACAUAGCCUACUUUUUUGGCCCUCAGAGCCAAAACUGUGCUGAAUGCAAGACCUAAGCGAAACUCUUAACGGGAUUAUAACAUCUGGGUGGCGUUCGGUUCGGUUCUUGUGGUUUCCCGCUCUGGAUUUCGGAUUUAUCGUUUUUUUAUCGGGAUGGAAGGCCGGGAUUUCGCUCCUCCGCCGCACCUUCUGGCAGAGCGAGGCGCGCUGGUUCACAGAGGCGCCUCGAGGAUCACUCCUGCCGGGCACACGACUGUGCAGCAUCCCGGUCACUUUCAGCCUGGGAAAUAUUACCCCUCACACAUACCGAUGCCUCCACAUUCAGGCAGUGGACUGAUAGGGAACUCCUCUGCCUCCUUCAUGGGAACGUUUCUGGCCAGCAGACUGGGAUCUCCCCCCUCCCACCCCAGCAGACCUCCAUCAUCCCCCUCUUCUCCCCCCUAUCGCUCUGGACUUCACUCCACAGCCCCGUCACAGAUCUGGUUCCCACACUCACAUGAAG